AGGAUUGGACGAGGGUGGCGCGGCGGUAGGGGCAUUAUAGUAGCGACGAGCGAGUGUCGGGCCGACAUUCACUGCCCAGACUUAUCUCUGCCAUUCACGGUGCUCUUUGUACGUGCAUUUGGUCACCAGCUCUAUCUCAUUUUUCCUUUGCUAAAGAACCAGUAACAAAUCCACCAUGUGCGACGACGACGUAGCAGCUCUUGUUGUUGACAAUGGCUCCGGCAUGUGCAAAGCCGGUUUCGCCGGCGACGAUGCACCCCGCGCUGUAUUUCCCUCGAUUGUAGGCAGACCCCGUCAUCAGGGCGUAAUGGUCGGCAUGGGUCAAAAGGACUCGUACGUCGGAGACGAGGCCCAAUCCAAGAGAGGUAUCCUCACCCUCAAGUACCCGAUCGAGCAUGGUAUCGUCACCAACUGGGAUGACAUGGAGAAGAUUUGGCAUCACACUUUCUACAACGAGUUACGAGUCGCCCCAGAGGAACACCCGGUUCUCCUCACCGAGGCCCCGUUGAACCCCAAGGCUAAUCGCGAAAAGAUGACGCAGAUCAUGUUUGAGACCUUCAACACUCCCGCCAUGUACGUGGCCAUCCAAGCGGUACUGUCACUUUACGCGUCUGGUCGUACCACCGGUAUUGUUUUGGACUCUGGGGAUGGUGUAUCUCACACUGUGCCCAUCUACGAGGGUUACGCCCUACCUCAUGCCAUUCUCCGUCUGGACUUGGCUGGUCGUGAUUUGACCGACUACCUUAUGAAGAUUCUCACCGAGCGAGGCUACUCCUUCACUACCACCGCCGAACGUGAGAUCGUCCGUGACAUCAAAGAGAAACUCUGCUACGUGGCCCUUGACUUUGAGCAGGAGAUGGCCACCGCCGCCUCGUCUUCCAGCUUGGAAAAGAGCUACGAGCUGCCCGACGGACAGGUCAUCACUAUUGGCAACGAACGUUUCCGCUGCCCCGAGGCUAUGUUCCAGCCGUCGUUCUUAGGCAUGGAAGCCAGCGGUAUCCACGAGACUACCUACAACUCUAUCAUGAAAUGCGACGUCGACAUUCGUAAGGAUUUGUACGCCAACACCGUUCUCUCCGGUGGUACCACCAUGUUCCCCGGUAUCGCCGACAGAAUGCAGAAGGAGAUCACUGCCCUCGCUCCGUCGACCAUGAAGAUCAAGAUCAUCGCGCCACCCGAGAGAAAGUAUUCCGUCUGGAUCGGAGGCUCCAUUCUCGCCUCACUCUCCACCUUCCAACAGAUGUGGAUCUCUAAGCAAGAAUACGACGAGUCAGGCCCAUCAAUCGUACACAGGAAGUGCUUCUAAAGCGCCAAAGAUUUUUCAGACCACCAGCAAUAUUAAAUCCAACUGCUUUCUACACUGUGAGAAAGAACUGAACGUGAAUGGCUUCUUUUUUAAUGCGAGAUAGGAAGCGAGUUUUAAUAUUUGGCUCUUUGCAAUUAUCAUUUGCACCAUAAGCGGAAACUUUAGUUUCGACGAUUUAAUAGGUUUUUUUUUUGUCUGGUAGAGAUGAACUCGGCUCGCAUUUCACCAACAGUGCAAGUUUAGACAUACUUUCUCCUCCGUGAGAACGUCCGACUUCGCAAUUAUAUUCUCUUUAUGUCUAUUCAAAAAUAACAAAAAGACUGAAGUUUGACAUAACUGUUAACUAUUAUAAAUAAUAAUAGUGUGUAAGAACAAUAGGUGAAUAGCUUUUCAAAUAUUGUUACGACUGGAUACUUUUUAUAAAGAAUUUGAAUUCCGAAUUUUUUUCAAGUAAUCUUGAUGUUUUUUUUCUACCUGUAUAUAUAAAGAUUUUUUGUAAAUCGAUCCAUCAGAUUAUGUUGUUUUUAUCCAUGUGGAUUUAAAGAAUAUAAUCUAUUGCGUAUACACAACAGAGCGCCGAGAUGCAUUUUAUCUUUCAUAUUUCUUACAGAUUUGCUCCGUAAAUUGAAUCAAAAUAAAAAACAACUCAAAAACUAAUAUUGUAUUCUUGCUUUAUCUGCUUAUUAAAUGCUUCGAAUUACUCUUAA